AAAGUGCGUUAAUAGAAGAGGUGUAGAGAAGAAUUUUCGAGGUCUGGUUAUGGGAAAGUGACGGCGGAGCACAUUAAACUCCCGGGAAGCAGAUUGAUUCGCGGUAUAAACGAUCUUUCACCCAAAACCAGGGAGCUGCUGGCGUACCUAUUUGGCAGAAAAGGGCGUGGAGCUGGGGGCUUCAGCCAGGUAUGUCUAUUAAUUGUGAGAAUGUCUAGCUGUGUGGUUGAUUUGAUGAAAUUAACUUGUAACGAUGCAUGCAAUAGUGUAUUAACUAAAUUUGUUAUUACUUGAAUCACCAUGUAAGUCACUGAGUAUAGUUAAGUAAUUUUAGAGUUAAGGGUAUUUUUUUCAGUAUAAUAUGUUACUGACCCAGUGUUAAUUUGUUGUGCGUAAAGGGUUUUAAUGUUAGUAUACUAUGUCGGGAGACGUUAUGAGGACCAGUACUGAUUAUUAACAUGUAUAUGAUGUUUGUGUUAUUUAUUUUGUGUACUUCCAUAUAACGUUCCUCUGAUUGCCUUGUUGCAUCUAUAACCCUUCACGUGAUUUCGUGUAAGGUGUGAAUAACAUUAUCCUUAUAUUAGUUAAUUGUUGGUUUUGUUUUCAGUCAUGAGAUAGGCUGGUGUGGUGAAUUUAGUGUCUGCGGGCAAGAUUUGAAAUGCUUAUGUCCUGAACACUCGAUCAAUAGUCAGAUAAUUAAUCUAAUGGGGGCCAUGUCAUAUGCAAACAGCACGGAUUGUUGGUUUCUCCCAACCUCAUAUUCAGAUCAUGCAACCAGCCUUGGUAGGCAGACAAUUUUUGACGGCCAUGUGGCCUCGAUGACUGACAUACCCAGUAUGCAGAGGUUCAGAGGACGUCUUCAUGAAUGCAAAAAGGUAUUCAUUCCCAUCCAUGAUAAAGUGGAGGACCACUGGUAUCUUGCGGUUCUGAAUGUCGCUGAAGGUGAAUGUGAAAUAUGGGACAGCAACAUUGAUUUAUCGAUGAAGAAGCGGCAAGAGGAAUAUGCAAAAUGCACUAUUGAUCUGUUUCGACAAAUCUUCGCGGAGGACUUUAAUAGAAGUCCUGAUCUGCCGUCUGUCUUUGUCUUCCAAUACCCGACCAGCUGCCCAAUUCAGAGGAAGAAGGAGGAGUCGGGCAUAUAUGUGAUUAGGAAUAUGCAGCACUACGGGAAGCGGUGGUAUGACGGGUUCAACCCCGGUGAUCAGAGGGUUAGGAUAGCUCUUGAAAUAGUUGGCCACCCGUUGAAUGAAUAUGUUGGAUCUGUAUGGGCUAAUCUGUACAAGGAACAAAAGGAGAGGGCGGCUGAAGCAAUUGCUCCCCAUGACAAAGUAUCAACAGGGGGUGGGGAGGGUGGUAGAAUUCCUCCAUUGUCAAAAAAGUUCAAACCUCGUGUUCCAGCGCGAUGGUGACUAUUUGCAACCACCAAUCCAUGUUGAUUAUAAACUGGCGUAACAUAAUAUGGUUGUCAGAUGUUUGAAUUGUCCCGGAGGUAGACAACUGAAACUGUUAUACUAUUAUGUGGUUUUCCUCUUUUGUACUAUGAUCAAAACUUGAACGUUAGUAUGUAUGAAAACCCUGCAGACACAAGUUUGUAUGAAUAAAUGGCUUAAUUCAGUGUGUGGUUAUGGUG